GGAGUUUAACAGGAAAAAAAAAGAAAAGCUAAGCUUGCUUCAUCAUGGACACAGAAAUCGGCCUGAGACACAUAAACAGCUUUUCACAGCACACGGACACAGAGUUGUUCUCGUCUGAAGAGGACAGCAGUCUCUACUUCACCUACAGCGGAGAGUGCAAUGAGCUGGAAGUCACCAACUUGCACUACGAGGUGGACACAUCGGCUCAGAUUCCCUGGUAUGAGAAAUUGUCCGAGUUCAAGUUGCCGUGGGAGGUGAAAGGGAACAAGCAGACGGCCAUCAACAACCUGAGCCUGCGAGUCCGCAGCGGUCAGAUGCUGGCGGUCAUCGGCAGCUCAGGCUGUGGGAAGACCUCCCUGCUGGACAUCAUAACUUGCCGGGACGAGGGCGGCAGAAUGACCUCCGGUCACGUCCUGAUUAACGGGAAGCCCAACACGCCGCAGCUGGUGAAGAAGAGCAUCGCUCACGUUCGCCAGGACGACCGGCUCCUCCCUCACCUCACCGUGCGGGAGACCCUCUGCUUCGUGGCCAAGCUGAGACUCCCCUCCCACUUCUCUCAGGCCCAGAGGGACCAGAGGGUGGAUGAUGUCAUUGCAGAGCUGCGGCUGCGGCAGUGUGCGCACACCAGGGUGGGGAACGACUACGUGAGGGGGGUUUCUGGAGGAGAGAGGAGGAGAGUCAGUAUCGCUGUUCAGCUUCUCUGGAACCCUGGUAUUUUAAUCCUGGAUGAGCCCACCUCGGGUCUGGACAGUUUCACGGCCCACAACCUGGUCAUAACCCUGUCCCGCCUCGCCAAGGGGAACCGCCUGAUCCUGCUGUCGGUCCACCAGCCUCGGUCAGACAUCUUCCAGCUCUUUGACCUCGUCGUCCUGCUUUCUUCUGGCUCGGCCGUCUACUUCGGUGCAGCGCGCGACAUGGUUCCUUACUUCACCGCUCUUGGGCACCCCUGCCCACGGUACUGCAACCCCUCCGACUUCUAUGUUGAUCUGAUCAGUAUCGACCGGCGCAGUCCUGAGCGUGAGGCCGAGUGUUUGGAGCGGUCCAGACUUUUGUCCGAGCAGUUCAAGGAAAAGGUUCAAGACAUCGACGACCACAUGUGGAAACCAGCUGAAACCAGCGCUGCGUACAUAGAGAGCGCUCAGCAGCCGAGCAGACACAGAGAAGAAGUGGUUAAUAUUUCCAGAGAUCGUAACGAGCUGCCCGGUGAGCUGCAGCAGUUUACCACCCUCAUCAGGCGCCACAUGUACAACGACUUCAGAGACCUGGUGUCCCUGUUGGUCCGAGGCUUCGAGUCCCUGCUCAUGUCCCUGCUGGUCGGAUGUUUGUACUACGGGGCCGGAGAGGAGCGGCUGAACAUUCAGGACACGGUGGCCCUCCUCUACAUGAUCGGGGCCCUCACGCCGUUCGCUGUGGUGCUGGACGUCAUAGCUAAAUGUCACACAGAGCGGGCCAUGCUGUACCACGAGCUGGAGGACGGCAUGUACUCCGUUACCUCGUACUUCUUUGCCAAGGUGCUGGGGGAGCUGCCAGAGCACUGUGUGUUUACCCUGGUCUACGGUUUGCCCAUCUACUGGUUAGCGGGUCUUAACCAGGCUCCGGACCGCUUCCUGCUCUUCUUUCUGCUGGUGUGGCUGAUGGUCUACGGCAGCCGAGCCAUGGCUCUGUUUGUGGCCGCCGCGUUGCCCACCCUGCAGACGUCCGCCUUCAUGGGCAACGCCUUGUUCACCGUCUUCUACCUGACCGGAGGCUUCGUCAUCAGCCUGGAGAACAUGUGGCUGGUGGCCUCGUGGCUCUCGUACGCCUCGUUCAUGCGUUGGGGCUUCGAUGGGAUGCUGCAGGUGCAGUUCAGGGGCAAUAAGUACCCGGUCACCAUAGGAAACUUCACCUUCAACAUUGAUGGGAUACAUGUGGUGGAGGCCAUGAAACUGAACCAGUACCCCCUGUUCUCCUGCUACCUGGUGCUGGUGGCCGUGUGCUUCGGCUUCAUGGUGCUCUAUUACGUCUGCCUGAAAUUCAUCAAGCAGAAGUCCAGCCAGGACUGGUGAAAACAGAGACGUCACACUUUUUUUUCCCCCACUUACUCCACAUAGGAUUUUUUUUUUUGUGAAAGUAGACAGAUGUUCGACUGGUUCGACACAGAACAUUCAGGGUUAUGCUGUUAUUGUUUCAUGUCUGGGUGCUAACGUUGAGAGGAAAAAGUUUUGCUUUGAAAUUUUCAGAACAGUGUUUGAAAUCUUGGAUUUGGAUAAUCCUGUAUGGUUAUUCGAGCAGCUUCUGUUUCUGCUUCCUGCUGUGAGAUAAACGAGUUGUUUCUGUACCACUGUGUGCUGCUGGAUGGCAGCAGAGUACCGCAACGACAUCCAGAUUUACUUUUGCUUUUCCUCCCCUUCUGGAGCGCUACCUUGGCAGAUAUCCCAUCUGCAGCUUUUGCUUGUUUCAUUUUCUAAAACAGCUUUGUUUGUUUUGGUUUUGUUUUUUUUGUUUAUGGGAGCUUUUUAAGCUUACUGUAACAAUGCGUGUCGAUAUGUAGGGCAAUAAAAGCUUGUCUAGCGUAGAUUUCCUCAAGUCACCCUAAAAACUUGUAAGUUUUGUGUAGUUAUGUAAUAUGUACGCUUUUGCACUGGUGCAAAGGCUAAAAAGUUGAAUGUUAAGCCAACAACUGCAGUUUGAGUCCAAAUUAAGAAUUAAAUCAAAUUGCUCAACUGAA